AUGGCAGCUGUAGUUUUCGCUUUGAAGAUUUGGAGAUCUUAUCUUUAUGACGGAAAGAGGCGGUGGAUUGAGUUAGUAGCAGAUUCUGAUCUGGAUAUAGCUUACCACCUCGGUAAAGCUAACUUGGUAGCAGAGGCUCUAAGCAGGAAGCAGGCGACGUCUGCUCAGGAGCAGGAUAUGGAGUCUCUGGUGAGUGAGAUCCGAACUUUGAGGUUAUGUGCUAUCUCACAAGAGCCAUUGGGAUUGGAAGAAGUUGACAGAGCGGAUCUACUGAGUAGAGUGCAGUUGGCUCAGGAUAUUGAUGUGGGGCUGGUGAAUGUCUCUAAGGCUGAGGGUUCAGAGUAUCAGGUCUCUACUAAUGGGACUAUCCUGGUGCAUGGUCAGGUUUGUGUGCCCAAGGAUGAGGGCCUGAGGUAG